ACUUUAACUUUCCUGCCGACCUUCCCUCCCCCAACCUUGAAGCUGAGACAAGCCCAUCCUUCCCGUUUCCCGUUUUCCGUUUCCCUUUUCCCUGUCCAUUCGUCGUCGUCGUUUGUCCUCCUCCUCCCCUGGCACCAGGCUCUGUAGCCUUGUCGCUUCCACACCAAUCGCUGCACUUACUACUUAGCUUCUGGUCAUCGAAAGUACAGUACAGUACCAUGUCUUUGGUCCAGCACGUCUCUGCAAUUGAGGGUGCGGACCGCGAACCCGAUCCUCACGAUGAUAGCACCAUCACCACCGCCGUAACCAGCGAGCACUACGGUUCCAUCCGUCGCAAGAUCAGCUACGACUUUUUCCCUCCACCUCAGCCACCCAUCGAAGAAGAACUGCACUCAGGGACUCCGGCUUAUAAAGUCCCCACCGCCACGCGACUAGCCCAGGUUGCCGUCACGAUUCUGGCAUGUUGGUUCGCUGCAGGCAUUGUCUUCGGAUUCGCAGCGCUCAAGCCGGUCUUGAUCGCGGAGGGAGUAUACCGGGAUCUGUGCACUGACGAAGAACUGCGCGACGGUGUCGAUGUGUGUUUGGAACAGGAUCUCAGACUCAACUUCUUCUUCACCGUGAGUUCGAUCACAGCCAACGUGUCUGCCUUGCCGGUCGGAACCAUCCUGGAUCGCUAUGGUUCGCGCGUCUGUGGCUUCGCGGGCUGCGUGCUUCUGUCCAUCGGCUGUGUGUUGAUGGCAUAUUCGUUCUCGGAGCCCGGGUUCGACGGGUACAUCGUCGCGAACUUCUUCCUCGCCCUGGGCGGGACUUUCAUCUUCGUGCCUUCGUUUCAGAUCGCCAAUGCGUUUCCCAAGUAUGCAGGAACCAUUGUGGCCCUGGUCACCGGCGCCUUCGAUGCAUCGGCAGCUGUAUAUUUAUUCUACCGUCUGGCGUAUGACGCCACCGACCGGUCCUUCACCCCCCAGGCAUUCUUUACGGGGUACCUGCUGGUCCCCGUGCUUAUAUUAAUCGCCCUUAUCACUAUCAUGCCCGCCCGCGACUAUCAGAGCGCGCAUCAGUUAGAGAUUAGAAUCGAAAAGGCGGAGGACGCGACCCGCGACGUGCACGACUCGGAUGACGACAUCGAGAGUGACUCGGAGCUACUGCGGAUCCGCCGGGAGCGUGCCAAGCGCCGCCUCAACAAGAUCCACAAGAUUGACGAGGUGCUGGGCGAUCGCGAAGAGCGGCUGCAGCGUGAGCACCACGAAGAAGAGCGCCAGGCGACAAGCGCGGUCUGGGGCGCGCUGCAUGGCCAGCCGGCGCACAGGCAGAUGCUGACCCCGUGGUUUGUCCUCAUCACCCUGAUGACGGUGCUGCAGAUGCUGCGGAUGAACUACUUUAUCGCGACCAUCUACGCGCAGUACGAGUACAUGUUGCAGUCCGCCCCGUUGGCGGCCCAGAUCAACAGCUUCUUCGACGUGGCCUUGCCGGUGGGCGGAGUUGUCUCCACGCCCUUCAUCGGGAUGCUGCUCGACAACCUCAGCGUGCCCUCCAUCCUCGGCAUCAUCGUCGCGCUCACGACCGUGAUUGGCAUCCUCAACUCCAUUCCUGUCCUGUGGACGGGCUAUGUGACCGUGACCCUGUUCGUGUUGCUGCGGCCACUCUACUACUCGGCGAUGUCGGAUUACGCCACCAAGGUGUUUGGGUUCGCCACCUUCGGGCGCGUCUACGGGACUAUCAUCUGCUUCUCGGGGCUCGUCAAUUUCUCCCAGUAUGGCCUCGAUGCCCUCACCCAUGGGCCUUUUGAUGGCAACCCCAUCCCCAUCAACAUUUUCUUCGCGGGCGCUGGAUUCGUCGUGGGGACGGCCCUGGUGGCCUUUGUCUACCUGGCCGGACGGCACAUGAAGGAGGAGCAGCGGGACAUGGAGGAGAGUGGCGAGCGGCAAUGGUUGAUCCCGGAAGAGAGCGAAGAGGAUGUGUAUGGGUCUACUAGAUAGUCUGUUGUGCCGAGGUUCGAGGGGGAACGGAGCUGAACCCGACAAGCGCACAGAUAAACACUCUAGAAUAUGGUUCUAGGGGUAAUCGUGUACAUUUUUAUUG